CUUUGGUCCAAUCUCACUUCUGAGCAACGAGUUAUGAGACUUACAAAAAUUGAGCCUUCAUUCGUGCACCAUUACCAUACCCUUUUCAGUUUUGAAAAUCAAAUUUUCGAUUUCCGUCUUUGACGACAGCGCCAUGACCACCCCACCCACCGAAACCCUAAUCCCUAACACCGCCCAUCAAUGCCCCAAAGAAGAACAACCACCACCAUCUCCACACGUCGCCGAUCCUCACUCCUCUGAAACCCUCGAAAAUCCCCAAAUCCAGAACAUUUCAAAUCCCGAUUCCAAUAACCCUAAUCAAACACAAGACAUUCUCAUGGAAGAUCAAAACGCCGAUCAACCGGAACCCGCUGCUCCCGCCACUGCUCGCCGUGCACCGAAGCGGAAAAAAUUGGGGCCGAAACGAACUGCAGCUCAGAAGAGAAAGUUUUGCGAGAAAUUUCAGGUUCUGAUCGAAACCCUAAAACCCAUUCCCUUCAUACCUGCCAAAGCUCUCGACUUUGAGAGCCACCGGAGCCUUCUUCAGCGUUUGGGACUCUGGAAUUUCGUUCACAUUGAGUUCGAUUCCGCCAUUCGCACCGAUCUACUCGCUCAGCUAUUUGCUAGUUAUUCCCCUUCUGCACGGUGCAGUUACGUUAAUGAUGUUAAGAUCAUGGUGAAUCGUGCUGAACUUGGUCGCUCUCUCAUGCUUCCGAAGAAGAAUUCUGCUGCUGCUGUCCCUACGGUUGCUGUUGACGAAGUUGAUGCGGAGGAUAUUGCUUUUGUCAAUGAAUUGGUUUCGAAUUGGAUGCUUUUGUAUGAUGAUGACACAUUCAUCAUGUCGAAGGAUGUUAUGCAGCAGUUUAAUUUGAUCAAGGAGGGAAAUUUCGAGAAGGUUGAUUGGGCGGGGAUGAUAUGGAGCAUGUUGGAGAAGGAAUUAAAGGCCUCACAGCUGGUGGACUGUUACUAUGCCUCACAUUUGCAACAUUUGAUCAAGUCGCAGCACAAGGAGCUUCUGGGCGACACACAGGUCGAGGAGGUGGAGGGUGAAGGAGAAGAGGGUGGGGUGAAGGAUGAGGAGGAAGAGGGCGAGGUGAAGGACGAGGAGGAAGAGGAGGAGGGGGUUGUGGCGGGGGAUGAGGUGGAUGGGAGUGGUGAUUUGAGAAUGGGUGAGGUUGAAGAGAGUCGGGUUCAUGAGUUGGAGGAACGCAAUAUUGAAUUGAGUUUGGGGCAAGAUAAUGUCGAGUCUUUGUCGGUGGAAAAGGAGCAGGUUGUAGGUGAACAAAUGAUGGAUUUUGAGCAGUCUAAGGAAGAAGAACAAGGGAUGUGGCUUUUGGAUCAUAAGAGCUGUGUGGGGGAGCCUUCUUUGAGGCCGUGUCAUAAUAGCGACAUGAAGUGUAUGGACUAUGGCCAAGUGAAGGAGGAUGAGGGAGAAGAAGAUGAGCAGGAACAAGAGGAACAAGAGGAAGAAGAGGAGGAUGAAGAUGCUGAAGAAGAUGAGCAUGAGGGUGGGUUCCAUUUGUCACCCAAGUUUCCUUUGGAGGGAAUGCCUUCUGGGAAUGGGAGUCCAAUUCAGGCAAUGGAAACAGUGCAGAUGCCUUUUACAUCUGGGAUUGAUCUUCAUGAUAACUCAGUAGGAGAUUUCCUCUCUGGGAGGGAUGACCCUCAGAUGAUAUCCGGCUCUUCACUUUUUGGCAAUGGUCACAAGAGAGACAUUGAUCACGAUAAUCAUAACCCCCAUCAUACACUAAAUGGCAGUAACAAGCGGCUGAGAAGUGAUAGCCCAUGGAAUUCUAAGCCUGUUGACUUUGAAGUUUGCAUGGAACAGAUGGAACAUUGGAUGGAGAAAGCUAGGAUUAUGUAUGCAUCGAAAGAUCAGGCUGUUGAAGAAUCUUCAAUGAAUCAACAACUUUUGCUUAAUGAGCUACAGAGGCGGGAUAAUGCGAUUGAACAUUUGCAUAAAGCAAAGAUGGAAGAGACUCAGAAAAGACAGAUGGAGGUAUAUCGGCUUGAGAAGGAACUUUAUAUGAUGCAAAGCCUUGUGGAAGGCUAUCGAAAAGCCUUAAAAGAAACACAAAAGGCUUUUGCUGAAUAUAGAGCACGCUGUCCGCAAGCUGAUGAGCCACUUUACAAGGAUGUUCCUGGGUCUGGCGGCCUUGUUUUGAGUGUGAUGGAACUGGAAAAGGAACGCCUGAAGAAGGAAGAAGAGGAAAGGAUAAAGUUGAGAGAUUUUGUUAGAGAUUUUGAAAGGAACUGUAAAGAUAUUGAAGAAGAGUGGAUGGGACAGAUGGGUAUUCUGAAAGAACAUCUAAGUAGAGUUGAAUCCCUGGGUAACAAGUUGCAGGCUGUUGAUGACAAAGUAAAACAUUUGAAGGAAGUGAAUGCAAAAUGCAAGAUUUCUGAUCCUCUUGAUUGCGCUCCAGUAAGUGAAGCAGAAGCUGCUUAGUAAGGUUUAGCUUUUUUCAUUAGCUUGGGAUUAAAAUCAGUCCAUACUAUGUUCAAGGCCCCAGUUUAUUUGUGUUAUAAUGUACAGAGCUCUAUUUAGAACUGAGACCUUCAAGUAAGGUAACUCUGCUUAGUAUUGUGUGAGAUCAAGUUCACAAUUUUAGGUUAUUGACUUUUCUUGUUUUGCAUCUCUAUGCCCUUCUUAUUUAUCCUUAAGAUCCAAUCUAAAUUCUGUUGUUUGACGUAGAAAAAGUUGGUCCUAGUUCUACUUUGUAUGUGACUUUUUCUUGAUCAAGUGAUAUUUUAUCAGAAGAAUGUAAUGAGAUAGAAAAACUGACUAGGAAAAUCCAUUUGCGAUCUUUAGCAUGAUUGGUUAAUGUUACAGUAGUUGAUUUAAA